CAGAUCCUCUCUCACAGCUCCCAGACCCACAUAACUGAAAUUGUACAACAACCAUUUCCUACAGGGACUGUCUCCACCCCCUUUACUCGGCUUUAGCGCUGAUCCGCACGGCUCGGCUCGGCUCGACUAGCUGCUCUCCCCGGCCCUCCUCCAGGGCUGCCUGAGCCGGUCUUUGAUUGGACUAGAGUCGACUAGCCUUUGGCCUCUAACCCCGCUGAUGUUGGCUGGCUGCUUCCUGCUCCCUCCGCUCCCCCAGACCGACUAGACGAAGCCUGCCGUAGCCGCACGGCGAAGCGCUCUGCACGGACACAGCCGACCGGGUCGAGCCGCUGCAGACGGACCGGAGCAGAGCCACGAAACGAGCAGACAGGCGGACGGAAAAAAGAGGCAGCCAUGCGGAGGAAAUCGAGGAUAUUGUUAUGUUUUGCCGUGCUGUGGGUGCUGGGGAUAGCCUACUACUUCUACUCGGGCACAGCGUUGAGUCGAAAGGAUGAUUGGGCCUCCAAUGAUUCAGAGAAACCUCACGUCUCUGACGACAAGCCUCACAACCCAGAGACUCUGCCACCAGGUAAGGUGCGCUGGCAGGAUUUUGACCAGGAUCUGUACGUCGGAGCUACGGUGGUCCGACCGGGUCAGGAUCCUUAUGCCAGAAACAAGUUCAACCAGGUGGAGAGCGACAAACUCCGUAUGGACAGAGCUGUGCCCGAUACAAGACAUGACCAUUGCAGACAUAAACAAUGGAAGUCAGAACUGCCGGCCUCCAGCGUCGUCAUCACUUUCCACAAUGAAGCUCGCUCCGCUCUGCUGAGGACUGUGGUCAGUGUCCUGAAGAAAAGUCCUCCUUACUUGGUCAAAGAGAUCAUUCUGGUGGACGACUACAGUGAUAACCCGGAGGACGGCGCGCUGCUGGGGAAGAUUGAAAAAGUGCGUGUGUUGAGAAAUGACCGCAGAGAAGGACUGAUGCGUUCAAGGGUUCGUGGUGCAGAUGCCGCGACAGCACCAGUCCUCACAUUCUUGGACUCUCACUGUGAAUGUAAUGACCACUGGCUAGAGCCGCUGCUGGAGAGAGUGGCUGAGGACAAGACCAGAGUAGUUUCUCCUAUCAUUGAUGUCAUCAACAUGGACAAUUUCCAGUAUGUAGGAGCCUCGGCCGAUCUGAAAGGAGGUUUUGACUGGAAUUUGGUGUUUAAAUGGGACUACAUGACUCUGGAUCAGAGACGAGCCAGACAAGGCAACCCCAUCGCCCCCAUAAAGACUCCAAUGAUAGCAGGAGGUCUAUUUGUCAUGGAUAAGGAAUAUUUUGAGCUGCUGGGAAAGUAUGACAUGAUGAUGGAUGUAUGGGGAGGAGAAAACCUGGAGAUCUCAUUUCGUGUGUGGCAGUGUGGUGGUAGUCUGGAGAUCAUCCCCUGCAGCAGAGUCGGCCAUGUCUUCAGAAAGCAGCAUCCAUACACCUUCCCUGGGGGCAGUGGGACUGUGUUUGCACGGAACACGAGGAGAGCAGCAGAGGUCUGGAUGGAUGAGUAUAAAAACUUCUACUACGCUGCUGUGCCCUCAGCUAGAAACGUCCCGUAUGGAAAUAUCCAGAGUCGUUUGGAGAUGAAGAAGAGAUUAAGCUGCAAGCCAUUCAAAUGGUACCUGGAGAAUGUCUACCCUGAACUACGAGUCCCGGAUCACCAGGACAUAGCGUUUGGAGCCUUGCAGCAGGGAGGAAACUGUCUGGACACCCUGGGUCAUUUUGCUGACGGGGUUGUGGGCGUCUAUGAAUGCCACAACGCUGGAGGAAACCAGGUAGCGUUACUUCGACAACACACACAGGAGUGGGCCCUGACCAAGGAUAAAUCAGUCAAACAUAUGGACUUGUGUCUGACUGUGGUGGACAGAACGGCUGGUUCCCUCAUCAAACUACAAGGCUGUCGAGAGAAUGACAGCAGACAGAAAUGGGAGCAGAUCGAGUCCAACUCAAAGCUUCGUCACGUGGGCAGUAACCUUUGUCUGGACAGCCGCAGUGCCAGGAUGGGCGGACUCACUGUGGAGGUCUGCAGCCCGAGCCUCAACCAACAGUGGAAGUUCACCCUCAAUCUACAAUCAUAGGGGGCACUACAGACCCUGAGAAGAGUUGGAUAUUGGAUAGAGACACUAACAGACUCUGAGACCUGGAUAAAGAGAUGGAAAUGGACUUGAGGAGAAAGACAAAACUUGAUGGAUUAAUGGAUCCCUCUCACUCCUCCUCCUCAAGAGGUGCAGCCAGUCACGUCUAUACACCUCUCCCCCACCUCACCCCUCCCCAAUAAAACAAAGAGCCACACCCAGUGGGGAGGGGCUUGUAGACUAUAAUUGAGUAGACAGGAAACUGACUGUAUUUGGAGGAUGGAUGGUGAUGAUCAUGAUGAGGAUAAAAGCGAUGAAGAGGCUUUCCAUCCACACUACAUACCUCAGUGUUUUUUCAUUGAUGGUUCCAGAUGCAAAUGACGAGUGAAUUCUUUCUGUUCUUUUACUUUCUUUAAUGCUGGUGAAACUAGAACUCUGACGUUUUUACUUUGUAAUUAUUUUAUUUUAUUAUUGAUAUUUUUUAUUUCUUGCUGUCAAUUUCCCACGGAGGUUCACAGGAGCUUUUUUUUGUUCUCAAAACAAUGGGAUGUUGGUGUAGUUACUCCUCUCCGGUGCUCUCUCUUUGGUUUUAACCACCGAACUGGAGUCUGUAAUGGCAGAUGGAGGCUUCAGGUCGUGGUUUUGGUGAGGUUUUGGUGUAGGGUGAUGUAUAAGGAGGAAAUGGACUCGAUUCCUUGAGCGUUUUCUCUCAUUGGUUUACAGGAUCAACAGAGAAAAGAGAGGUGAGGUGUAGAGAAGAAUGCUAUGUGUUGUGCUUUGUUUUCUAUACAGUUUUCCUACAGAUUGUGUCUUGGGGGAGGGGAAAGGGGUUUGGGGAGGAGCUUCUCUGCUUUGGAUGGGGCCUGACACUGGUUUGGCCAGAGGUUCAGUUCCUGAAACCAGGAAGUGUCUUGAAGCCCACCCUCAGGAUUUACUGUUUGUCUUCAGGCAGUGGCACUGGCUGCUACAGCAUCUUCACUUCUGCACCAUUAUGUCUCUAAAGAAACAAUACACAGAAAAAAAAAACUCUCUUAUCCUUCUUCUUUUGUUUACUUUUGUCAAAAAAAUGGAACCAAAUUUCAAAUGGAUUUUUUUGUGUUUCAGAGGAGCAAUUUAAAGAGUUUUCCUUCACAUACUCUCGCUGCUCUCUAACUGCUCCCUAUGGUGCAGUUCAGUUUAUAGGUCUUCUUUUCCUGCACAGAUCAUUUCCUUUGCCUGUGUCUAUAUUGACAUUGUAGGAAGGUUACUGUCUUAUAAUCACACCCAAACUGGAUUUAAUGUUGCAGCUUUUUCUCUAGAGCGAACAGGUGUUGGCUGCAAAAGGAUAAUAUAACACAGAUCAGCUAACAUAGACAUGAUUGAGUUGUUUUUUUCUAUACUUUGAACACACCCCUGCCUGCUAUUGCAGUGCUCUCAUGUGGCUAACAUUUUGCACUUGACUCAGAAGUCCCUCCUUUUGUUGACAAAGUAAAACCUUGCUUAUUUCAGCCUGAGAACAGAUGUCAUGCGAAAAAGAAAAAGGGGGUUUCCAAAGUCCGGACUGUAGUCAUGCUGUAUGAAACGUGCAUGCACAUGUGUUCUGAAAAGCUGCAUGUAUGACCAACAAGCUCCCACAUUCAUUCAGCAGUGUUUCCAUCCACAUUUGUUUCUGUUAGAUGAGCCAUCUGCUCAGAAGUUUAAAAACUGCAAUAAACAAGGUUUUACUGUUUGUCCUCACUCUGUUUCUGCUAGAGGUGAGCAGAUUUCCCCUGAUUGCACACGCAGGGACUGCUCAGUUUCUGCUGAUACAAAUGAGAACGCUUCUUGAUUAUUUUGGCGAGCUACUUUUAAAUUCUCUGGAAUCAUAUUAAUGUGUCACCAAACAGCAUUGUGCCACAUCACAUCAAGUUUGUUGUUACCUGAUAGUGUUACUGAUACCAUUUACAGAACAUGUGUCUGUUUGUUGUGUAUCUUUUCGCAGCACUAGUCUCUCCCGGGCUUCAACAUUAGGUUUGUCUUAAAUGCUAUGAUCCUCUGUGCUGUUAGUCACUGAUGAGUGAUGAUGGUGCUGUUUUGGGGAAAUUGGUUUUGAUUAUAGUUGGAGCAACUCAUCACUUGGCAGCUUCAAGGCAACUACAUUAACACAAAACAUCUUUGAACAGAUAUACUGUACAAGAGAAAUUGCCUAUAAAUAUCACAUUUCCUACUUCUUAGUUUAUUCUAUAACCAAGCUGCAGCCUCAAGUGUUCUUUGAUGUCAAAUAUCCUCUGUUUCUCUGUAUUUCUCUAAAGCGCACAUCCACUUGCUUACUUACUAAAUGCGUCUUAGAUUUGUUUUGUUUUGUUUUGUUUUGCUGAGUUACCGAAGGUGACAAAGACAGCUGGUCUUGUUUGCUGUGUUGUCUGACACUUUUCGACGUUCUGUUCCAUCACUUUUGUUUGUUUUCUGCCAUUUUGUUCCUUGCACCUGAUGUUUGCCUUGUCUUAUACUCUCAUCCAACUGUAAAGUAGAGUGGAAGAAGGUCAGCUGAAACUGCAGCUGGUUGAAAAGCCUAUCCUGUGACUUGAUAGGUUGCUGCAUUGUGCUGCGAGGCACGGGACCCGCGGAUGUGAGGAAAGCUUUGUGUUGCCACGGUGACCAGACGUAAGGGGCCCAAAUUUGAUUGAGGGUUUUAAUUGGAUGUCAUACUAAUCAGGAGGCAGAUUUAGCUCUAAAUACUGGAAAAGUGUUUGAUUUUUAUUUGUUUUUGCCAUUCUGCAAAAAGAAGAAACAUUUUCAGUUGUGUCUUAAUUUCGUAAGAAUGUUGCAAACAUUACAGUAAAUGUGAUACUUAAGAACUCUUUGGAAUUUAAGUUGUAAAUUAAUUUUCCACACAUGUAGUGGGGUUUGGUUUGUGUGUGCAGGUACUAUCAUUUUAACUAAAUAUUCAUUUACAUCUCCGUUAUUUGUAUGAGAGUGUGUCAGGUCUUGAGCUGGUAGUGGGGUUGUAGUCUUCUAAUUUGGUAUCAUUGUGACACCAAACUGUACAACAUGAGCACAGCAAUUCUCAAGGAUUAAUAUUUGUCAUCAAAUGUUGAUGUUGUACUCUGAGGGAUCGUGAGAACAUCAGACUAGAGGUCAAAGUAUCUGGCCCUUUGUCCUUGUCAGUGAAGGUAACAUGAUGGUGUUUUAGUGGUGUGUAGCGCCCUCUAUUGUCACACCAGUAGAGAGCCAGAAAAGUAAAGAAAAAGGGACUCAAGAUGGCACAAUACACCACUGGAGAAUUUCAGUCUUAAUCACAUUUUCUUUCUCUUUGGUUCCCUCUGUUGUUAUUAAAUUGUUGAUUCAGCCCUAUUAACAGGCAGGAGAACCAAACUGCACAUCUGAGUGACCAUGGCAGUACUGUCUGCUAUGUGUUGUUUGAAGCCUUUUCUUUUUAAACUAGUCUUAUUCUUGUGAAGAUGAAAAGAUUGCUAUUUUAUUUUUUAUUAUUUUUAUGUUAGUCACAGAGGAAAUGACUGUAAUAAUUAAGUAAUCCAGCGCUUCAUUUUGAUUGGAUGAUUAAAUGUUUACAUCUUUAGCACAAUGUGCCAAAGUUUCCUUCCUUUUUCUCUAAAUAAGGAAGAAUGAAAACAGGUUAAAGUCUUUGGAAAUACAGAAUGAGUCUCAAAGAACUAUUUCAGUGUUGGGUGCCUACAGUAUGUUGUGUUAUCUCAUUGUUCUUCCCAGUCUCAGUUCGACCUGUAGGACACUCCAGGAGGAGGACGGCUCUUAGCUGCUGAGCUGGUGUCAGUCUUAUAAUGGACACAGGGUGAAAAUUAGUUUCCUUUUGGUAUCUUUAAAUUUGUCAGCAAGACAUCUGUUGAGGCAGAACCAACCCUUGUGUGUUAGAUUUUGGAAAUAGCUAAAAGCAUCAUUCAAAGAGAGGAAGAACAUUGUCAAUCUUGUAUCUUUGGGUAUCUUUAUUAGCAUUAAAAAGGGGGGGUCUGUAACUGAACGCCAUCUGUGAACAGAGAACAGAGAGAGUGUCCUCUCCACUGAGCCAGUAGGAUCAUCAAGAGGGGAGGUGUAAAGGUCAAGCUUUGUCCUCUCUCAGCUUUUCACUUAAACAGGGAGAAGACUUAUGUCGUGAUUCGUCCUGACUCGAGGGAUGUCUCUCCCCUUCAGACCACCUCAAAUCCCCUCUUGGGAUUAAGAGAAGAAGAGCCCUCUCUGAUAUGUGAAAAGCCCCGCUGAGACAUCCAGCUCAGGACUGCUUAAGCUUCUCCAUCUUUUGCCACGAGUCACAGUAACAGUGUGUAUGAGUCAGGACACGAGAGGCUUAACAUGCACAUAUGACACUAUACUGUACGAGUCUCAUCAACCAGUAAUGACCGAUAAAAGAUGAAUCCAUAUAAAGGGACAUGAACUGAUGGGGUAAUAAUGUGGCUUCAUUUAAUGACAGUGGUGGGUGAAAUGGCACGAGGGGGUCAAACAUGUAAAAGUGUAUAUUUUUGUAUAUACCUACAUCAGUGUGUGUACAGUAUGUACAUAUAUACACAGUGUACUCAGCCGCGGUUCCUAGUUUUGUUGUCUGACUGUACAGCGCUUCUAACUGUUCCCUGUUUUAUAGAAACUGCAGAAAUUCAACUUUGAAUGAGGAGAAAUGAUUAACUUAAAAUAAAUGCAUUUAUAUAUAUAUAUAAACUAAA